UUUUAUGGCUACCUUCCCCUACGUUAUUUUAAUAUGUUUAUUGGUAAGGGGAGUGACUUUAGAUGGCUACAUGGAGGGGAUUAAAUUCUAUAUUAUACCAAAAUGGGAAAAGUUAUUAGAUGUGGAUGUUUGGUGUCAAGCAGCAACACAAAUAUUUUAUUCGAUGGCUCCAGCAUUUGGAUCACUAUGGCUAGUUAUAAUGAUUUUAAACACAACUGUCAUAGAGAUGCUGUUGUGGUAUCUAUGAUUAACUGUGGUACCAGUAUAUUUGCUGGAUUUAUUAUAUUCUCAGUCUUAGGUUUCAUGGCACAUACUACAAAUCAAGAUAUUGAAGACGUGGCUGUUGGUGGUCCUGGAUUGGUAUUUAUUGUCUAUCCAGAAGCCAUUGGUCGAAUGCCUGUAGCACCUGUUUGGGCUUUCCUCUUCUUCUUUAUGCUGAUCGCUGUCGGGCUUGACAGUAUGUUUGCCAUGUUUGAAGUUGUAAUAAGUGCUGGCGUAGAUCAAUUUCCUCAUUACUUACGACCAAGAAGAACCAAAUUCGCCAUCUUCUGUCAUUUCAUGGGUUUUAUUCUGGGAAUUCCAUUAGUUACUAAGGGAGGAAUCUGGGUGUUGACGUUAAUGGAAUGGUAUAGUGCUAGUUUUGGUUUAAUGGGUGUAUGUUUAGCGGAACUAAUGGCAGUUAUUUGGGUAUAUGGUCUGAAGAAUUACUGCGAUGAUGUGGAGAUUAUGUUGGGAUUUAAGGUGCAUUUCUAUUGGAAAGCUACCUGGUUAAUCAUAGCACCAGUAGCCAUCAUUUUGAUGUUGAUAAUGGCAGCUGUUCAGAGUAGUCCAGCUUCUUAUGAUAAUUAUCAGUUUGAACCCUGGGCACAGAACCUGGGUUGGGUUAUGGUGGCUUUACCAUUCUUCCUUAUCUUGAUAAUGAUGCCCAUCCAAAGUUACAGAUACGGGUCAGUGAAGAAAGCAAGUCAGCCAACGCCGGAAUGGGGACCACUUAAACCGGAGGAUAGAACCGGCAAAUACGCAAUCAAACCGGAACAGCCGAUUAACCAGUCUACUGUAUCUAUUAUUAAUAACCAUGGUAUAGAACUGAAAUCUACAAAAUUAAGUCAUGAUAAUCGUGCUUUUGCUUCGAACAUUUAGAUAAAGGGUUUUAUUGGAUAUUUAAUUUAUGUAAAGAUGGAGAAAUAAAGAUAUACUAUAAAGUA